AUGGACCAGCCAGCUGGCCUGCAGGUGGACUACGUCUUCCGGGGUGUGGAGCAUGCCGUGCGGGUGAUGGUGUCUGGGCAGGUGCUAGAGCUGGAGGUGGAGGACCGGAUGACGGCCGACCAGUGGCGGGCCGAGUUCGAUGCCAGCUUCAUCGAAGAUUUGACUCACAAGACAGGGAACUUCAAACAGUUCAACAUCUUCUGUAACAUGCUGGAGUCGGCCCUCACCCAGAGCAGUGAGUCGGUUACCCUUGACCUGCUGACCUACACAGAUCUGGAGUCCCUGCGGAACCGAAAGAUGGGGGGCCGCCCAGGCCCCUUGGCCUCGAGAUCGGCCCAGCUCAACUCCAAGCGCUACCUGAUCCUCAUCUACUCUGUGGAGUUUGACAGGAUUCACUACCCGCUGCCCCUCCCGUACCAGGGCAAACCAGACCCUGUGGUCCUGCGGGGCAUCAUUCGCUCACUAAAGGAGGAGCUGAGCCGCCUUCGAGGGCUGGAUGGCCAGGACACUCGGGACAGCCGGGAAACUGAGAUCUGGCAUCUGCGGGAGCAGGUGUCGCGCUUGUCGGCUGAGAAGCGCGAGCUGGAGGCCCAGCUGGGCAGAUCACGCGAGGAGGCGCUGGCCGGGCGGGCGGCGCGCCAGGAGGUCGAGGCGCUGCGCGGGCUCGUGCGCGGCCUGGAGCUGGAGCUGCGGCAGGAGCGCGGCCUCGGGCACCGCGGGUCCGGCAGCCGAAGCCAGGAUUGCCGCCGCCUGGCCAAGGAGCUAGAGGAGGUGAAGGCGUCGGAGCGGAGCCUGCGUGUCCGGCUGAAGACGCUGAACACCGAGCUGGCCAUGUACAAGAGGGGGAGACGGACUACACCGGUGGUGCCGCCCUCGGCCCGGGAAGAUCGGGCUUCGACGUCUCGGGAGCGCUCCACGUCGCGUGGCCGUGGCGCUGCCCGCUCCUCAUCCCGGGAGAGCGACCGCGGGGGCCGGGGUCAAGGCCGCCCUGGCCGCCCCUCGCCCUCGCCCACAGGUGGUCGCGUGCCCCGUUUCGACCCAACAGCCUUUGUGAAAGCCAAGGAGAAGAAGCAGAGAGCGAUCAAGAUGAAGCAGCAGCAGCAGCGAAACCGAUUGGGCAGCGGAGGAAGCGGGGACGGUCCAUCCACCUCCUGGUCUCGCCAAACUCGGCCCCCCGCAGCCGUGACCUGUCGAGGAGACGCGGCUAACCGCUCCCGAAACCGCAGCUCCUCGGUGGGCAGUUUCCGCAGCCGCUACUCGUCCGCCAGCUCCUGCAGCGAGUUCGAGGAUUUCUCUGAAUCCCUCCCUAGAGGCGUUCAUCGCCGGGGGAAGCCGCCCAGCCCCACCACCUGGAGUGGGUCCAAUACGCAGCAGAAGCCUAGCCCCCUGGAACGCGGCCGCCAUCAGAGACGCCUGGCAGACUCGGGGGGCUGGGUCCCCAUCAAAGAGUACAGCUCGGACCACCAGGCAGCUGACAUGGCCGAAAUCGACGCCCGCCUGAAGGCCUUGCAGGAAUACAUGAACAGACUGGACGUGCACUCGUGA